AUGUCAUUAUUUGAGUGUUGCUCAUCCAAAUCGAAACCUGCUAGUAGCAAUUAUAAUGAUUCUAAAUUAGGAUAGAGUUCUACUACCAAAUCUUAGAAAAGGAGACCUCGUGGUUCGCAGUUUAAAAAUUAUUUAUGCUCCGAAGUAGAAGUGCUAGUGUAGGAACAAGACUUUGAAAGUAUUCUCAAAGAGCUGCUUUACAAUUACUCUACUUAUAAAAAAGAUAUAGCAAUUAAGAUUCUUAACUUUCAUGGAAAUUUUAAGAUCGAUUUGUGGUUUAGUUUAGAGCAGGUAAUGAGAGAAUUGAAUAACAUUACGACAAUCACAUUUUAGAAUUGCAAAUUGACUAAAGAACACUUGAAAGUUCUCAAAGGAUAAAUUUUAUUUCAUAGCAAGUGUCUUCGUAUUGUCUUUUCUUUUAAUAAUUUGAGUGAUCUUGAAAUGGAUUACUUUAUAUUUGGUAAUAGUGAAGUUAUACGUAAGAGAAUUUAGGAUGGUUAUCUGUAUCUCUAUAUAGUUAAUAACUAUGGUGUAUUCAAAGAAUAAUUUAUUUAAAAAAUAUAAACCAAACUGAGUGAUUGUGUUCUAGUUUAUCAAGACUAAGGACUGAUAUAAUUCAAUAUAAAUGGUAAAGAUGACAUGGAAUAUAAUAGCCAUUAGUUUUUUCGUCUGAGCUGCAUGAAGUGUAUAAGACAAUCUAUUCAUUAAUUUGCAGACGAAAAUAUCGUCUCAGAUAAUAAAAUAAGUCCUAAAAAAUAGAAAUCUCAUUUUUCAAAUGGAGUUACAAAUUAAAAUUAAUAUGGAGAUUUUUUAAAAUAGCUAGAAGAUGAGUAAGAAUCAUAAGAAAAUAAUGACGAAUAAGAUGAUAAUCCACAAAGAUGUUUAGAAGCAAUACUAGACAGUCUUCUUCCAUCAGAUCAGCUAAAUCCAGUUGAAAAAUUAGAUUUGGGAUAUUUAUUCAUAAGAAAUACGAAUUUAUUGAAAAAACUCUGGACAGAAAUAGCUUCUUGUUCUUCCAUAAGACUGUUAUACUUGCAUCAUUUAGAAGAUUACAUUAUUGACAGUCUUGCACUCAAUAUUUCCAAAAGAAAAAUUCACGUUUAAAAAGUAGAAUUUACUCAAUCAAAAAUUAAACCUGAAUCAUUUAGACAUAUAAUGAAAAAUAUAUCAGCAGAAAAAUUAGUACUAGCUGAUUGUGGUUUAACAAAUGAACAUUUUGAAGAUAUGGAGAUAGUACUUAAAUCAAAUAAAAGGCUCCUUCGUUACCUCAAACAUUUUGAUAUUUCUAAAAACGCUGGUGUUGGGAAAGAGGGAAUGAAACACUUUGGUGAAUAUCUUAAAAAAUUUGAAAAUUUGAAAAUCUUAAUUAUGAACAAUUGCGAAUUAAAUGAUGAUAAAAUAUCUAAAUUGACACUAGAAUCCAACGAAGUUAAUUAGAAUGAAUAAAUUUAUAAUUUAUUUAAAUGCUUAGAAAUUUUAGAUAUAAAAGGAAAUAAGGAUAUUACUCCAGUGGGAUAUAAUAAGUUAUUUAAAUGGUUAAAUAAGUUUUAAAAAUUUUAAAGUAUUGAUUUGUAAGACAAUAAAAUAAACUCAGCCAUUUUAAAUGAAUUUGCAUUGUAGCAUUAAUUCUUUUUAAAAAUAAAAAAAAUUGAUUUAUCAAAAAACUCUGACUUUGACGGACAGUCUUUAGAAAAAUUUAUUGAAAUGCUCUCUGAAAGCAACACUUUAACUCGUCUUUCUUUGGAGGACUGCUAAUUAAGCGAUGAUAUUGUUAUAAAUAUAUCUUAAUUGCUCCUUAAUAUUAAGUCUAAUGUUCAAUAAUCACUUAAGUUGCUAAAUAUCUCCAAUAAUAAUUUUUCUAGAUAAGACUCUCACUUUAUGCUUGCAUCAUUUUUAAUGAAGUGCUCAAAACUUAAAUACUUAAAUUUAUCUAAUGUUAAUAUUAAUAAUGAGAAUUAUGAAAGUUUGGGGAAUCUUCUUGAUUGUAAUAUGAAUUUCUUACAAAAUUUAAAAGAAUUAAACAUUUCAAAUAAUACUGAAAUUUCUGAUGAUGGCUGGGAUUUGAUUUUUAGUAAAUUAAAAGAUUAUGAAAAUCUAAGAAAGUUAGAUUUAAGCAAAUGCCAGUUAGGACCUCGUGUUUGUAAAAAAAUGUAUGCUCAAUUUGGUAAAUCUUGCAGUCUUUAUAAGUCUAUUACUCAUUUAAAUAUUUCUUAAAAUUUUGAAAUCAAAGAAGGAUGGGAAUUCUUAGCUUAGUGUAUUCGUUACUUUGACAGACUAAAUAUUCUUGACCUGUCAGAAACAAUAUAUUCAGAUAAAGAUUUAAAGUUUAUGGAAAAUGCUUUUUAGCCAACUAUGAUGGUAUUGAAAUCUCCUUCUAACAGAAAUGAUGUAGCGAAAUCUCCUACUAACAGAAACGAUGCAUGGAAAUCUCCUACUAACAGAAAUCAUAAAGAUUCAAUUUCUUCAUCAGAAGUAAUUGUACAGUAUCCAUUAAUAAAAUCUCUUAAAACACUUAUUUUCUCAAAUAACCCUUCGCCUAAAAAGGGUUGGGAUAGCUUUUGGAAAAUACUUUCAUAAUUUGAAAGUUUAGUUGAACUUAACAUCACUUCUUGUUUCCUUCAACAUGAUAAAGUUAAAAAUAUUGUGUAACUAACUCAAAAUGCCCAUUUUUUCAAAACACUUAAAAUUCUUACAUUGUUUGGAAAUUCUUUUCUAAAUCUUGUUGGCUGGAUUUAUUUAUUUGACUGCCUAAAAAAAUGUGAAAAAUUAGAAAAGCUAGACUUAAGUUUUUGCUACCUGACAAACAAAAAGUUGAUUGCAAUAUCAAAAUUAUUGACUAAAAGUCAGCCAAACAUAACACCAAACGCUUAGCCAUAAAAUAAAUUAACAGAAGAAUUCCUUAAAAACAGCUCUCUAAGAAACGUUAUCCUAAAUGGAAAUGACAAAAUUGGACCUAUUGGAUAUAAGAAAUUGUUAUAAGCACUAACUGGGAGAGUAAUUUAAAAAUAAAUACAGUUUGAGAAUUUAAAAAAUUCUGCUAAAGCUGAUAAUUUGUAAGAAAGAAACUAUGAAGAAAUAAAAGAUCACCUUUUUACCUUAAAUAAACUCCCUUAAGAGUUAUAAAAACUUCAUUUAAAUAAGAAUAUAAAGAUGACUCCUUAAGAACUGGGCUAUUUAUUUAGAUAAAUAUCUAUGUUUUAAAACAUAAAAGAGAUAUCUCUAUAACACUGCUACUUAAAUGACAAAAAAAUUGAAUCUAUUUUAAUUUAACUUUAAAGAGAGGCUUCAAAACCUUUAAAGAAUUCUUUGCAAUCACUUGAUCUUUCUGGUAAUUAAAAAAUCAGUUAUGUUGGCUGGCUCAAGCUAUUCUAAACACUCAGUUCUUGCUUAAACUUUUAAAGAAUUUAUAUGAGAAACUGCAAUUUGGGAGAACAAUAGAUUAGGAGCAUAGCAGAGGUUUUACAUGAAAAAGAACAUUUGUUAAAAAAUUUAACAGAUUUUGAUUUAGGAUGGAAUCAAAAAAUGACCUCAAAAGGUCUUUAAAUGCUUUUUGAAGUUUUAUCAAAAUCUUAUUUGUAAUAUUUAUCUCUCUAGAAUUGUUAACUUGAUGAUUAAAAGUUCAAACCAUUGAUUAAUGCUCUAAAAAAAUCUUAAUUAUCAAAAAAUUUAUUUACUCUCGAUCUCUCGAUGAAUCCUAAGAUUUCUCCAUUAAAUUGGAAACUAUUUUUCUAAAACUUAAAUAAUAUGGAACAAAUAUCUAAUUUGUACUUUUAACACAACAAACUCAAUAGUGAAAGAUUAACAUUUUUAUAGUCAGAAUUAAAUAACCCUAAAUCUUAGGUUGGUGAUAGGAUAAGAUGUAUUGAGCUAUUAGGUUCAAAUAAAGUUAAAGACGUAAUAUGGGAGUAGUUGUUUAGAGCAUUUAAAAAUUGUACUUUUUUAGAGAGUCUUGGUUUGGAAUUUUGCAAUUUAAAUGAUAAAAUAUGCUAAGUUAUGAAUAGAGAAUUUACUUCAGAACAAAGUCAAUUGACAAAUAGUCUAAGGAAUUUAAGUUUGCAAGGUAAUGACUUGAUAAAUAAAGAAGGAUGGUCAAACGUAUUUUAAACUGUUGCUUUAAUGAAAGGUUUGUAGAACUUCAAUAUAAGUAUUUGUGAAUUGACUGAUGAAAAGGUGAGCAGCAUUUAAGAUGAUAUUAAAAAAGAACAUCCUAUAACUUUUACUUUGCAAAAGAUAUCAUUAAGCUUUAAUGCUAAAAUUACUAAUGAAGGGUGGGAUUGCAUAUUUAAAUGCAUUUCUAACUUUAAGAAACUUGAAAGCAUUCACUUAACGAAAUGCGGUUUGAAUGAUGAAAUAUUGUCUAGGAUGAUCGUUAAUUUAAAGGCAAAAGAUUUGGUUGGCAAAAGCUUGAAAAAGCUUAUUAUUAAUAAUAAUUCAAAAAUUUAAAAGCAAGGCUAUAUAAACUUAAUUUUCUUUUUGAAAAAUGAUUGCAAAUCAAUUAAUUCUGUUAAAAUAGAUGAAAAUGGAAUCGAUCAAGAAAAUUUACAGGACAUUGUAACUUAAAUUACAGGAAAGACAGUUAAAACUAAAUAGAAAAAGAAAUCUCUUGUAGACUUCUCAGACUAGCUCAAUAGCAUCAAAUAAGAUCAGAAAAUCUAAGAUAUUGUUUAGGGACUGAUUCAAAACAUUCAACUCAACAAAUAAAAUUCAAAACAGAUAAAUUUUAUGAAAAAAUUCACAAUUUAAAUGACAGUUAAAGAUACAAAAUUUUAAGUUUUAGAAGACCUACCAAAGAGUUUAUCCUAGGCUGUUUACAAGCUUAACAAGUAUUUUUUGGAAAGCAAGAAUCUAAGAAUAGAAAAAAAUGCAUUAUAAAAUGGAAUUAUUUACAAUUUAGGUAAUUUUCCUAUUGAGAUGAUAGGCGAACAUUUCAUAAAAUACAUAGUAGAGGAUAAAAACAUACUUUGUUUUACUACAAAAGGACUGAGAUCCUUAUCAAAAAUAUUUGCAUAUAAUAUGCCAUAAAAUGAAAUAGAACCAUACCCUUACAGAAUGAUCCUCAAUUCUUACAAUUUAAAGUAUUUUACUAACCACAUAAAAGAAAUCUAUAUUCUAAACAACUCCUUCGAAAGUGAUGUAGAACAAUUAACUUAUCCUUUCCUGAAAGAAGUAUAUUAAAACUUCCACAAUUCAGGCAUAAACUAGAUUCAUCUUUAAUACACUCUCUCUAGCAGUUUUUUGGAAAGUAUUAUGCUAGAAGGAGGUGAAAAAUAUUUAAACUAAUUUAUCUCUUUACUCCCACCCAAGAGAAUAGAAUUUUACUAGAAAAUAACUCUGCCUUGCUGGAAAUCAAUUUACUCUAAACUUUAUCAUUCUUAUGAUCUUUAAUAUGUUAAUAUGAGUUAUGAUAUUAACUCUGUUUCUAAUGUAGGUAUAGCAUUUGCUUGGAGAGAGCAUAUUUACUACAAUUAUAAACCAACUACUUAUAUUGGAAGUAAGAUUAAAUAGCUGAUUUACUACAUUUUGUCUAUUUUUGUUUCAGAAUCUGUAAAAUAUAAAUACAAAAAGAGAAUCUAAAAAUUGAAUGAUAGACUGAAGAAUAAGAAUUCAAUACUUUUCUUUUUGCUUAUUCUAACAUUUAUUUACUAUUUAGUUGCUAUAGGAGCUCCUUUCUUAGUUACUUACUAUGAUAUUGAUAUAAAAAGUUUAGCAGGUGAUAACAGUGAUCGUGAAGUUUGUGAAAAAGGAGUUAAUGUAAUUGCCCUUAUUAUUUAUUUUGCAUUUGCUCUUGUCAGUGCAAUAAUCGAGCUGUAUCUGUUUGUGUAUGUGUACAAAAAGGUAGGCAAGCUAUUGCCUGAUCCUGUGGAGGUUAAUGAGGAAGACAAAAAAAAGGUUUAAUCAAAAUUAGAAUAAAUUAUAUUUAAGGCUAAGAAAAUUAUUAAGGGAAAGAAAAAGUUUUUGAUUGGUGUGGCUUUAGUGUAGAGCUAGUUAACGAAAUAUCAUUUAUACAACGAAGCCUGUUUUGUAAUAGUCUGCUUUGCUUGUGGAUAUAUACCAAUAGGUUCUCUGAUGGCAAGUAUAAUUGCUGGUAAUUUGUUAGUCAGUACCUUUAACUUCAUUAAAAUAAUAAAGCACAUCAGACAUAAAAGCUCUCGUCUGUACACAACCUCUUCUUUAAAUAAAUUUUAUGAAAUUACAACUCUUUUAGAGUGCGCUGCUUUGAGCAGUCUCUUAGAUUUUGUAGCGCCUUUCAAUGUGUGGAUUGUUCCUAACAAUUGCAUAACAAGAUAUUUACUUCCCAAUUUAGCAGGCAAAUCAAUUUCUAAUAAGAUUUUUAAGUCUUGUAUAAAAUUUGUAUUUGAAGAUACACCUUAAUUAGUUCUAUCUCUAAUAUUCGUUAUUCUAAGAUCAGGUAACGAAGUUAAUCAAAACGCUAUAAUUGCUAUGAUCAUGAGUGCAAUAAGUUUAGGUGUCUCCACAUACAAUUUCUUAAGUAUAAGACCAUCAACUAUAUCCCAGUUAGAUUUUAACUAGCUUGUAGAAAAAUAGAGCGAAACUUACAUACAAAAAGCAUAUGAUACAAUUGCUAUGGAGAGUAAGCAAAUAGCAGAGUGGCGAAACCACUACCUCGAAAACAAAGCAAUUAGCAUGGAUGUAAUUCCUCAAGAAACAGCUGAUGCCAUUUCAAUGCCCUUACAAAUAACAUCAGAGUAUAAAUUUUUAACGAAUAGAAAUUGCUGA